GCGGCCCACUCGCAUUUUUUGCCGGGAGCCGCUGCGUACACAAGCUGGUUUGCACCAAGACUUGCCGGAAACCAUCACUGCACAGCCCGGCGCUGCGCCGUACCUCAAUCGCGCAGCGAGAGUAGCCACAGAGGCCAAACCCAGCAGGUGGCCUCCAGGAAAGAAACUGCAGCUAAGAGCAGUCACCGCACGCCGACGCAGCGGCAGAGGUGCACGAAAGAACCAUGCGCCGCGCCGCCCAACUGCUACGGCGCACGGCGCCCUACGCUCUUACGGGCACGGCCGUCGCCGCCUGCGACGACGACAGAUUCACAGUGGAGAAAGUGAAUGUGAUCAAAAUUCCCCACCUGCGCGACCAGGGCUUUCCGGGAGCGAACAAGUCGAACGUGGCGGCCUUCGGGUACGCGAAAUUUGUCUCCGAUGAGGAUUGCGUCCUCGGCGACAUUGUGCUCAAUGGACCCUCUCAUACGACAAAGGCCUAUACGAGAGCAGGACCGAGGGAGAAGCUCCACUUCGACCCGCAGGACACGAGGUGUGCUAUCGUGACGUGCGGCGGGUUGUGUCCUGGGUUGAACACAGUAGUAAAAAAUCUCGUGGAGAUAUUGGAGUCGAGAUACGGCGUCGAGAAGAUCUACGGCAUCAAAGGUGGCUACCGCGGCUUCACGAGUGUCGGCUGGGACGCUCCCUUGGAACUCACGGCGGACUGCGUCAAGGAUAUACACAGGGAGGGCGGUACUCUGUUAGGUACUUCGAGGGGCGGCUUUGAUGCGGAAAAAAUUGUGGAGUGGCUGCGAGCGAAGCGCGUGAACCAGCUCUACGUCAUCGGGGGCGACGGGACCCAUAGAGGCGCCUACAAGCUCGCGGAGCUCUGCUGGGAGAAGGGCGUCGACGUCUCGGUGGCCGGUGUUCCAAAAACAAUCGACAACGACAUCGGUGCGUGACGCGGCGUCUGUCUUUCGCGUCGCGUCGACGGCGUCGCCGCGACCACGCGAACGCGCAGGCAUCAUCGACCGCUCCUUCGGCUUCAUGACCGCGGUCUCCGAAGCUACAAGAGCGAUCGAGGCCGCAAGGACCGAAGCCGAGAGCAACCGGCCGAACGGCAUCGGAGUGGUCAAAUUGAUGGGGCGCAGUGCCGGCUUCCUGGCCGCCUUCGCGACGCUCGCGUCCCAAGACGUCGACCUAUGCUUAGUUCCGGAAGUGCCUAUAGUGUUGGAAGACGCCUUGCCUCACUUGGAGCGAGUGGUCGACAAGAAAGGUCACGCGGUUGUUGUGGUGGCGGAAGGGGCUGGGGAGGAACUACUGGGAGCGUCUGCGGAAGUCGACGCGGGCGGCAACAAAAAGUUACCGCCCAUCGGCGCCUGGCUCACGAAGCAGAUCAAGAGCUACUUCAAAAGUACUAAUAGGGAGGUUACGGUGAAGUACAUCGAUCCGAGCUACAUGGUCCGGUCCGUUCCUGCCGAUGCGGGUGAUAGCUACUUAUGCAUGCUGCUGGCGCAUGCCGCCGCCCACGGCGCGAUGGCGGGCUACACGGGUUUUACGGUCGGGCUGGUCAAGAACAAGAGCGUGAUGAUCCCCAUUCCCGAGCUGGCGCGGACGUCGCCGCGAAGCAUGAACGCUAGAGGUAGGACCUGGGAAAGGGUGGUUGCGGUGACGAACCAGCCCUGUGCUGUUGCUCGCAAAGAGGUCUCUUGGGCUGAAAAACAGCACGCGCGCACGAUGACGAACCAGGCGGCGGGGCCCUGAGCUCUCGCCUGCGUCGGAGGCGUCGGGCGGUCGCGGCGAUGGCGUCUGGGGGGCUACGAGGCAUGGGGCCCGGCUGCGGCCCCCCGUAUACUAAGUAUAUAACUG